AUGUCCUCGUCCACGACGACGGAAACGAAGCAGGCACACGACGAGACCCCCGCAGACAUCGACAUCCCCGACAACUACGUCGCCUACACCCUCGCCCACCAAAAGUCCCUCCCCCCCUUCCAGUGGCGCAACUGGCGUACGGAAAUAUCCUGGAUCUCCUUCUCCCUCCUCACCCUCACCCCCCUCAUCGGCAUCGUCGGUGCCUACUACACGCCCCUCCAGCGCAACACCCUCCUCUUCGCUGUCUUCUACUACUACGUCACCGGCCUCGGCAUCACCGCAGGCUACCACCGUCUCUGGGCACACCGCUCCUACAACGCCUCCGUGCCCCUCCAGUACGCCUUGGCGCUCGCCGGCGCAGGCGCGUGCGAGGGCUCCAUCAAGUGGUGGUCCCGCGGCCACCGUGCCCACCACCGCUACACAGACACCGAGCUCGACCCGUACAACGCACACAAGGGCUUCUACUACUCCCACAUCGGCUGGAUGCUCGUCAAGCCCCGCCGCAAGCCCGGCGUCGCAGACGUCUCCGACCUCAGCAAGAGCCCCGUCGUCCGCUGGCAGCACAAGCACUACGUCAAGCUCCUCCUCCUCAUGGGCUUUGUCGUCCCCACCCUCAUCCCCUGGCUCUGCUGGGGCGACGCCCGCGGCGGCUACAUCUACGCCGCCGUCCUCCGCCUCGUCUUUGUCCACCAUUCCACAUUCUGCGUAAACUCCCUCGCACACUGGCUCGGCUCCACGCCCUUUGACGACAAGCACACCCCGCGCGACCACCUCCUCACCGCGCUCGUCACCAUCGGCGAGGGCUACCACAACUUCCACCACCAGUUCCCCAUGGACUACCGCAACGCCAUCCGCUUCUACCAGUACGACCCCACCAAGUGGUUCAUCUACACCUGCAAGCUCCUCGGCCUCGCCCGCCAGCUCAAGACCUUCCCCGACAACGAGGUCCGCAAGGGCGUGCUCACCAUGCAGCUCAAGAAGCUCCGCGAGACCCAGGACAAGCUUGCCUGGCCCAGCGACUCCAACGACCUCCCCGUCGUCAACUGGGACUCUUUCCAGGAACAGGCGCAGAAGCGCCCCCUCAUCCUCGUCUCCGGCUUUAUCCACGACGUCUCCGACUUUCUCGAGGAGCACCCCGGCGGCCGCCACCUCCUCGUCAAGAUGAUCGGCAAAGACGCCACCACCGCCUUCUUCGGCGGCGUCUACGACCACUCCAACGCUGCGCAUAACUUACUCGCGAUGAAGCGCGUCGGCGUCCUGCACGGCGGGCACCCGCACGGGCUCGACGAGAAGCUCAUUCCGCCGUCCCAGCGCCUCAAGAUCGCGCGCUACAACGAGCUCAGCUCGCCGUACGCGAGCAGCGCCUGGAGCGACGGCGAGGGCAUGCUCGGCUAA